CGUUAGAUGUCAGUCGUAUCAACAGUCAGUUAUCCUCUGAAUUCGAGAACGCGUGAUUGUUUAACAUCGAUAUCAACCGCAUUGUGGGGAAGUUGUUUGAAUAAUAAGUGAAAAUAAACGAAAUAUAAGCCGGUAUAAUCAUGAAUGUAUUUCUAGCGAUAGCUUUGACUAUACUGUCAUGUAUAGUAAUACAAUUUAUUUACAAGAUGGUCUUCGGAAGCAAGAAAGAUGAAUCGCAAAAGCAUGAAACUGAAAAUGAUAUAGCAGAUCCAGUCGCUCCCGCAGAAAAUGCGUCGAACGAAACGCGUCCCAGCGGUAAAAAUAAGAAGCGCGCUGCUUGGAAACCGAAGACGGAUUUCUCGCAUCCGUGGCUCAUGAAGAAUCUCAAGGGGCACCCGGGGAACGUGCUCAUGGUGGACUUCUCUGCGAACGGGAAGUUCAUGGCUGCUACAUGUGAUGAUGGUUCGGUGAUUCUCUGGGACAUACGUGACUUAAGUCACAAGGACCACAGGAAUCUUCGGGUCAAUAUUGAGUUCGACUAUGCGUCCCACAUCGCCUGGAGCCCGGACUCGAGGGGCAUCGUCGUGCACACGGUCAGGGAGAACCAGAUCAUGGGCUAUAAGGUGGAAAAAAAGAAAGACUUGCUUGUCUCGGUUACGCAGGCCAUCACGUUUGAUAAGGUUCACAAUGAAGAAGUCGUCGGUUUCGGGAUAUCGAGCAACGGCAAAUUCAUGAUGUCCUGCUCCAGUAAAACGGACAUGGUCCUGUACGACCUGAAGGGCCAGAUCCUCGAGCGUUUGGACACAUAUCUCAUGAACACGCACAUGGCGAAGAUAUCACCCUGCGGUCGUUUUGUUGUGGCCACCGGAUUCUCUCCCGAUGUUAAAGUCAUGGAGGUCGUUUUCUCGAAGAGCGGCGAGUUCAAGCAUGUGGUCAAAGCGUUCGAGCUGACGGGUCACAGUUCGGGAGUGUAUGAUGUCGCCUUUACUCCGGAUACGUCGCACAUUGCUACCAUUUCGAAGGACGGCACGUGGAAGCUGUACCACACGAGCAUAAACUACGCGCGCGGCGAGUCGCCCCACGUGCUCGAGACGGGGUUAUACCCACCGGCCGCCGUCCCCCGCAUAGCGCUGUCGCCCAACGCGGAGGUGCUCGCCGUGGCCUGUGACACCACUGUGUACUUCUAUGAUACCUACACGGGCAAGCUGUUUGACACGGUGCAGGGGUUGUAUAAUAGUCCAAUAAACUACAUAAUUUUCGACGCAUCAGGUAAGUAUCUGUUCGUGUGCGGCGAGCGCAUAGUGCGCAUACUUCACAACGUAUGCGGGUACUCCACUACUAUAGCCACGUGUACGAGGCUCUUGGGAGCCAAACAGACGUCCGCUACCAUCGAGCGCUUGAACAAGACUAUAGUCGAGUGUAAGGACAUGCUGAAUAUGUUUAACAAAAUGAAAAAAGCAGCAAAUCAGUAAAGAUGGUUGAGGUGGUGUUACUUUAUGUCUAACUUUGAAGUGAAACUUCUUUAGGCACGUUGAGAGUAAAUUUUCAAGAUCGUCACGUCAUGGAUUUUAUGCGAUGCGAUUUUGGUAUCUUUAAAUCUUGCCAAAGAAGUUUCACUUCUGACACGUGUGAUCGGCACACGCGCUCGUUUUUAUCCAUACUGUCGCGUAGUUAUAAUGAAAUGUUUCACAGCGGUAAAAAUUAUUUGUCACUCUCUUAUCUCUACUGUCUAUACCAUUAUAAAAUCAUUGAAAUGUAACGUGAAAGCAAGACAAACAAACGCGCACUUAUAAUAUUGGUAAAGAUGAGAUAUGAGUUUAAAGUAGCACCAUAUAACUUCUUACAUGUAAAUUGGAUGUUGUGACCAGAUUUUAUUAAUUUGGUCGUAAUUAUAUGAAUCAAUAAGUUGAAAGUUCUCACAUAUGAUUUAAAUAAUAAUAGUUUAAAAAAACUAAAAAAACACGCAUUUUAUAGAAAACCGAACUAAAAAAUAGAAAAUUUUAUCAAAUUAGUGUAUUGUC